AUGGGAGCGUUUGUGUUAUUCUUAUUUUUAAUUUUAAUUUACAUAAAUGAAAAUAUUGCAACAAUAUCAAACGAACAGACGAUACCAUUUAAUGUUAAAUCAAAUGCUCCACCUACUGAUUCCUAUAAUAUCCCAAUACGAAGAUAUAAGGAAGAAUAUUACGACCCUUUUCUGGAAGAUAUUUACUCUGAAAAAACACAUGAUAAAAAGGAAUUUCUCGACGGUCCCUACACAUUCUAUAAGGAUGACAACAUUUUGAAUUCAGAAAGAUUUUACUUCAAACUUCCUCUGCAAUCUGGAAUAUAUAAUGAAUAUAUAGCAUUCAAAGGAAAUCCUAAAAUUUCACCAGAAAAUGAUUGUCUUCAGUCUAAAAUAAAUUACAAUGAUUCUUCUCCUCAAGAUGAAUACCCAAGUAAAGAAAUGGGAAAUUCUGAAAAGCGUAAUUGGAGUAAUCGAAAACAGGUUCUAAAAAGUAAAACAAAUGUUCUAGAAGAUUUUUCUCUUCCUAAGGAAAUAGCCAAAAUACCACGUAAUCCCGGUAAAUUUUAUGGAAACAAUAAUUAUACCUCCGAUUAUUAUGCAAGAUUGGAGAAUAAUAAAUCAAAUGAACAUAGAAUUUCUAAGCCUGAAUACGAUGCACAUUUAAAGUUGCACGACAAUUCUUUUAUGCAGAUUCCUUUAAAAUCUCAAUACCGUUUAGAUAAUGCUUACAUACCACACACUUCUCCCAUAGAAGAGUGUAGGGGAGUCAAUAAAAAGUAUUAUGAGUUUGCAGAAAGAAUUCCUGUUGAUAGUAGGCACUUAAAUCAGAACCCAGGCAGGAAUUUAUCCGGAAAUUAUAGAACACCCAAUGAAGCUGACGAGUUUAAAGAUCAAACUCAUUUAAAGCAUUCGCUUACGUCUUCAGCAAGUGCAGUAGAAAAUAGACUACUUACCUCGCACAUAACUAACACGUUUGAAAAAGUAAAAGGAGAUGAUGAAAAUAAACCUGAUGGCCUCCUUAAUGAUAUUCGUUUUUGGAAAUCUCCAUCGAAUAAAAAAUAUAUGAAUAGCUUAAACUUAAACGCUGAAAAUCAUACUAAAAGUAUACAAAGUAUUAUUGAACAGUCUAAUACUACAUUGGCUUCUCCGAAGUUACCACAGCAAAUAGCAAGUCAGAAAAUAUACAAAACAAACCCUUUUGAAUCUAAAAACACUAAUGAUAGUAGUUCUUUUUCGGCUACUAUAGGGGUAACAGAGAUUUCUUUGAGUGAUCAAUGUCGCAGCAGGCUUAAUGAAAUUCCUAAUGCUAAUCACACGUGCACCGAAACAAGACACGAAAAUUGUUUUAGUAAAAGAAAGAUGGAAGAAAUGAACCCUGCAAACUUUUUAAGGCAAGAGAUACAGACCACGGCAAACCAGUUUAUUCCCUUUCAUUAUAACAUGGCUAAAAAUUCAAAAUCAAUAGGAGAAACACAAGAACCUCCACAAAAUUGUGAUAAGGGGUACAAGAGACCGCCUACAUUUGAUGUUAAAUCUAAACUUAUUAACGAUUGGAAUGAGCCAAUCAACGUAAAUAAUGGAAGUAAUAAACAAGCGAUACACGAUAUGUUAAAUUUAGAUUCAUCAAAACCUUUGAAUGACUAUUCUGACAUACGAAACUAUACAGCAGAACGUAUUAAAGCGUUCUACUAUCCAAGCAACAUUAAAUCUUCGAUUUUUAUUAACGGAAAUAAGAACAAUGUAAAUUGGGAUUGUAUACGAACCAACGCUGAAGGAGUUUUCAUACAACCAAAUUUACAAAAAGACAAGCCAUUUGUCAAAAGUAAAAUAAAUACCAUCGUACCGGAAAGCAUUGAUAGCUCAAUAAAUCAAGUACCACGUUGUUAUGACAGAAUAAAUAAUUUGCCAUUAAGUCAAGGUGGUGAUACUAUGGACCAAGAUGGUAGAUUGGUACAUAAAAUACCUGAAGUGAACCCAUUGGUAGAUGAAUCAAUUAUCAUACAACCUAAUUCUAUUUGGAAAAAGGAUCGAAGCAAUUCUAUUAAAUUUUAUCCGCUUCCAAAACAUGUGUCUCUGCCAUCACCUAUAAAUCAUAACAAUCAAGAUAACAGAAGAAUGUAUAGCUCUCCAAUACACGUACAACCAUUUCCUAUUCAAGUUUAUCCUCAACAAACUACCAUUAAUAUCAAAUCAACACACAAUACACCAGUAGUCUCUGCUGCGACUUACACAGUACAAGCUCCAAAUAACUCGUUCUAUGAAAUCAAUAAACCUAAAAUUACUAUUCUCAAUCCCACAAAUGCUCAGAAUCCAGAAGGUUAUAAAAAUCCCACACCAUACUAUAUUCCUAGCACCACAUAUAAACAAACUAAAGCAGCUAUCAACGCAUCAAAAGUACAACUACCUAGUCAAAAUGACACAAAAUUAAAUCCGAUAAAAUCAACAAGUUCUAAUGUCAAUAUUUUAGAAAACACUCCUGUUAAUAAAUAUAACUCAUUAUUAAGUGAUUCCUUAAACAAUAUAACUUCAGCUAUUGUUUCUAAUAUUCUAUCAAGUUUCAAUAAAGAUAUUUCUAAAACUUUAAAGAAACCAUUAUCGCCAGGCUCCAAUGUAUAUAAAUUGCCAAUAUCAUGUGAAAUACCAACUUUUGAAGUGACACAUCCAUGUAUUGAAUCGCCGAGGUAUUUACCAGAGACUCCAAUAAAAAUAAGAAAAGAUAGUUCUACAAGCACUGCCAUCAAUAAAUCUUCUAAGCCGUCUGUUUCUACGAUAACAAUUAAUGUUUUACCAACAGUACAGCAAAAGUCCAAUGAUAUUAUUAUACUUGUAUAAAUAUUAGGGUUAAUUAUUUAUUUUAUAAUAGUGACUUAACUAUUUGUACAUUAAAAUAUUUUACA